AUGGCGGCGCUGGCUUCAUUUACUAGAAAUAGUCGGAAUUAUGGACAACAACCGAUUGAUGUCACUUCACAGGUAGGGAAUUUUGAGAAAUGGAAAGUUGAAAUCUGAAAAUGAAUUUUGAAAAUCUGAAAAUAUUUAUAAACAUUUUUAAUUUUGAGAAUCUGAAAAUGAAACUUGAAUUCUGUAAAUUUAAAAAAUUGAGAACCUGAAAAUCAAAUUCCAAUUUUAAAAAAACUGGAAUAAUUUUUCGAAAUUUUCAAAAGCUCUGAAAAAUAUUCUUGAAAAAAAUUUGACCAGAAUUUCAUCUUAAAUCUUUAACUUGAUUCAUUCAUCAGUCCUACAAUUAAAUUUUUUAUUUUUCCACGAUCCGAAGAAAAAAUAUUAUUUUAGCUUCAAAUUCACAAGGUUCAAAUUUGAAUUUGAGAAAUUCUAGAAGUUCAAAAAAGUUUUGAAACUUCAGAACUCAGAAUUUCAGAAUUUCAGAAGAUCUUUUUUUUCUAGUCCUGAAAUUCUAAAUUUUGAAUCUCCCAAAUUUUUUUUUCCAAAAAUCCCAAAUUUUUCCAGGGUCAAAGAGAUCGGAUAACUCUCGACGCACAAGGAAGAUCAAUUUCACAGUGAGUUGUUUUUUCCAAUUUCCAAAAAAAAAUCAACAUAAUAAUAAUUUUCAAUGAAUUUUUGUGGCGCACGAAAAAAUAAAAAUAAAAUAAAAUAUUCCAAUUCAUAAAUAUGACUCAUAUAUGUUUUUUUCUUGCGACGUCCGAAAAUUUUCCAAAUUUUUUACGAUUUUUUGUAUUUUUGUGGGGAAAAUUUUGUAGAACGGCAACAAAAAUUUUCUCACUGUUUUUCAUUUUCCAAGUGUAAAAAUCAAUAAAAUGUCAUAAUUCGAUUAGGGUUUAUCUGAUGACGCAAAAAAUAAGUACACUAGAAAAUGAGAUUUUUAUUUAUGUAUUUAUUUAUUAGGUAGUUUUUGUAGGGCGCGGUUUGAACUAUUUUUUUCUAAGGUUCCCAAGGCUUUCCAAAAAAUUUUCCAAAAAAAUGAAACUUUUCUUGCUCUGCGGACCAAUCAAAGUCACCUGUCAAUUUUUAGAGAAACUUUUUUUUCGCCAAUGCAAACAUUUCUUUUUUUUUCUCCUCGAAAGUGUUCUGAAUGUUUUCAAGUAACAAAACUGGUUUUCUUAAAAUCGUACUGUCUGAAAAUUGAUUCAAUUUCUUUCUCGCAGCUGACCUUUUUCUUAUCUUUUUUGUUGAUUUUUUCGAAAAAUAAUAAUUGGAAAAAUAAUAAUGAGAAGUAAACAAAAAUGUUUUUAUUUAUGAUUUUUCCGUCACUAUCACUUUUUUUUGGUUUCGAUUGUGAAGGAGAAAAAACUAUUGGGAAAUUUUUGUGAUUAAAAUUUUUUUGGUGAUUUUUUAUAGGUUGACUAAGGCCCUAAGACCCUAAGAUUUAGGAAGAUUUCCUAAAUGUUCCCUUGAGCUCAGAACUCAAUCUUGGAAGUCUGAAAUUCAUUUUCGAAAUUUUGAAAGUUUGUUUCAGCGAUUUUUUCUGGAAAUUCUUGGCUGAUUUUCAUGUGAAUUUUCAGGCCCAAAAUAAUUUCGCAAAACUGUUCCAAAACCAAAAAUCAUACAAAAUGUCUUCUUUCGAAAUCGUUUUUCCUGUUUUCUUGAAACUGAUAAAAUCUAGAUACCUUCAUUCUCUUUUCCAAGAAAUUUGUCUUUCUUUCAAAAACUUUCUGUAACUGGAAAGUUUUUAAUUUCAUUUCAUUAAAUAAAAUACAGUACCCAAAUUUCGUCCAAUUUUAUGAUCGUAUUUACCUUUUUUGUUUUGUGAAGAUAAAAAUUUUUAACAAUCUUGUCAGUGAUCAUAAAAAACGUGUUUUGACUGAGACAACCUGGGGAAUCCCCCAAAAAUUUUUAUUUUCUCAAGUUUAUUGAAGUGCAAUACUACUGUAGAUUGCGCAACUAUAAAACUUUUUCCUGAAAAAUGAAAUUAGAAACAUUUUUUUUGUGAAACCUGAAAAAGGAACCCGGACCAAUUUUGCAGAGAUUUUUUUCCAUACAUUUUUUAUUUCUAAAGCUCGCUCCCUUUUUUUCCUAGGAACAAAUUGAUUUGUUCCUACAAAUUUUAUCGGCUAAAAUUAUAUUAUUUAUUGACUCUUCGUCUGUGCUAAAAAAAUGACAAAGUUACCACGUUUACCAAAUUCGUUCACCGAUUCGGAAAUUCAUCGAAAGAAAAGGUAAAAGUUCCCAGAAUUUCCUUCAGCUUUUUAAGGUCUCUUAAAGUUCCCUAACCUCCCUUAACGUUCACUGAUUCGGAAAUCAAAAAGGUAAAAGGGAAAGUUAAUUGGCGAAAAAAGAGAUUUCUCUCUCUCUCUUUCUAUUUUUCUCUUUUUAUACAUAUUAGAAGCACCCCCUUUUAUUUAUUAUUAUUAAUAUUAAUAAUAUAAUUUCAUUCUCAUUCUUAUUCUUAUUAAUAAUCCAUUAUGUUCGAUUUUACAUGCUAAUGUUUUCACUUCACUUUACAAAAAUCAUUUAGGCUUUGUGGAGAACUUUUGUAUUUUUUUGUUGGAAUUUCGGAUGACAUUUUUAAACUUAGAGAAUCACAGAAACCGUAAGGAGCCUUAACAAGUCUUGGGGAAUUUUAUUAAUCUCUGGGAACUUCAGAAAACCAUAGGCAAUUUUUGUCACUCAAAAAAGUCCUAGAUUUUUUCAACAAAAAAAAUAUCCACGUGACCUAGAAAAUUUCAAACGUGUAUUUUUUGCCAACAAAUAAAUUUUGGUCAUUUUGAGAUUUCUGAAAUUUGAAAAAUGACAACGUGGCAAGUUUUUUGGAAUUUCAAUAAUGAGGUAAGAUUUGUAAGGUUUCCUUAGCUAGAAAUUUAGUUAGGGGAACUCUGGGAACCUUAGGAGCCUUAAGAAGUUUAGGAGACCUAAGGAAUCUUAGGGAGCCUUAGGAACUUUUAUGAAUCUUUGGAAAAUUAAGGGAAUCUUUGGAAGCCUUGAAAACCUUUGAGAACCUUUUUAUGACUUUAAAAUUCUUUGAAAACAUGUUUUUGUCAACAUUCCCUCUGACUUGUCAAGAUUAAUUUUUCAAAUUCAUUUUUUUUUUCAAAAAUAAUAUUUGCCACGUCAUCACUUUUCUCAUUGACAGAAAAAGAAACUGCUAAAAUAAAAAAAAGAAAAAAAAUAUUCACGUGACCUAGAAAAUUUUUCACGUGGACUUUUUGCCAACAAAUUAAAAUAUUGGUCAUUUUGAGAUUUCUGAAAUUUAAAAAAUGAUAACCUGGCAGUUUUUCUUUUGGAAUUUUUGAAUGAGGUGAGAUUUGUAGGGUUUCUUUAGCUGGAAAUUUGGGUAGGGAAACUCUGGGAACCUUAGGAAACUUUAGGAAGUCCUAGGGAACUUUAGAAAACCUUAGAAAACCCCAGAACGUCUUAGGAAACCUUAGGAAGCCUUAGGCAUAUUACUGAAACUUUAGAAAACCUUAGGAAACCUUAGGGAGCCUAAGGUAUCUUUUUCCUGUGAAUAAAACCUUUCUCUUAUCAGAAAUACGUUUUUCUGACUUCAAAAUCAGUUUUCAGAAGUUUAUUUGCAAAAAUGAUCAAUUUUGGAAAAAAAUUGAACUGAACAUUUUUUUUCAUUGAAAAUUGUGCCAAAAUAAAUUGACGUGACCUAAAAUUGUUCAUUUUCUGAUUUUUGAGCCUCCAGAACUUCUAGGGCUUUAGCGCCAGCUAUACCUUCCGAUCCGAAUCAAAUCUCCAUUUUUUCCAGCGAGUGCCCAACAUCCACCACUCUAGUCCGUCAACUCUAUCUCCCCCAACUCCCACAAUCAGCAUCUUUCGCCGCUGCUCCAAGCUCAUCCUCAUCUUCAAUCGGCGGCGGUGCACUUCACCCAACAAACUCUCUUCCACCAUCACUUGCAUCAAGUCAACAUAAUUCAGCGAGUAGUUCGAGUUUGAUUUCACAAGCUGGUGGACAUCGAAACCCGGCGUUGAGUUCAUCGCAUACUUUGAGUCGAAGCUAUCAUCAACCAUCGUCGACAACAUCUUCGAGUACAAAUUUGUAUGGAAAUUCGAGUAUUGCACCGUCUUUAGGUUGGUUGGUUUUUGGGCUUUGGAGUUUGGGGUGAAAAAAAAAAUAUUUUUUUGACAUCAUUUUUUUGCGGACAAAAGGAUAAUCUUCUCAUGUUUUUUUGUAUCAUUUCACAAGUUUUGAUUUUUUUUCUAGAAAAAAAGCUAUUUUUUAUUAUGAGCAAACCAUUCUAGCCUGAGCAAUGUUAAAAUUGACUAACAUGAGCAAUUCUUUUUUGUAUUUUCACACUAAGUAAGUGUUGCAGUGAUUAACGCCCAGCCAAACUCGUCACCACUUCAUAAUAAUCACUAUCACCAACACCUUCAACAUCAUCACAGUCACCACCAACAUAAUCCGUAUCCGAUACAACAACAACACGCCAAUUCGUUUGAGCACGGUGAGUUGAUGAGCAUUUUGAGGGUGUUGGUGUGAAUUUUAAGAUUGUGUAGAUCAAAUUUUUUUGAAAUUACUGUAGAUGCUCUGUUUUUUUAAAAUCUGAUUUUGAGUUUUUAUUUUGGAUUCUGAAUUUUUCUUGUAGAAUCGACUGACUACUGUAGUUUGAUAUUAUGUACUUUUGGAAAUCCUCAAUAGAUUUUUUUUCAAAUGAUUACUGUAGAUCCUAAUGAUUCCGGACCUGAAUUUGAUUACUGUAGAUUUAGGUGUACUGUAGCCACGUGGUUUCUACAAAUUUAAGAGCUUAAAAUUGAGCAUACUGUAGAUUCGAAACAUUCCCAAAAUACAGUACUCCUUGAAAUGUCUACAAUACCCCAGAUUGUUUGUCGUGUACUUCUCUCGGACAAUGUACUUUUCACAUAUUUUUUUCAACAAAAAAACUAGAAGAAUUAGGUCCUUUAGUAUAACAUGAGCAAUGCGCUAAUUAUUCGUUUCAAAAACCUGUCUAAUAUGAGCAAUCUCCCCCCGGAAAUAUCUCAAAACUAUACAAAAAUUUGUGGAGAAAAAUGAUUUGGUGUGUCAGUCAGCUGAACAUGAAAAUAAAUAAAUAAAUAAAUAAAUAAAUACAGGCAGGCAGAGAGCGAAAAAAAAACUAAAAAUAAAAUAAACAAAAAAACUACGGGCCUUAGAUGAAUUCUGGACGCGCAUCAAAAAGAAACUGGAUCUUCUUCAGCUUCUUCUUUUUCUUGAUGUUGUAUAUUUUAUUUUAUUUUAGUUAGUUAGUUAGUUAGUAAUUUGAGAGUUGCUUGACAUUUUUCGCUCAACUUUUUUUUCUCAAUUUUAUUUAUUUUUUGUUGUGUUGAAAAGUUGAAAAGUCCGAGAGAAAAUUGAAUUUUUGAAUUUGCGCGCCACCUUUUUUUUGCCCCGCGCAGCUCUUUUUCUAUUCAUGCUCAGAGAUUGAGGGCAACUUUUUUUUAGUAAUCGAUUUUUGAAUUAUUCUCUUCUCACGCUCAUCUUUUUCAAUGAAUAGAAGUGGAUUAGAGGAAGAAGAAGAAGAAGAAGAUUUUUGCGGUCGACUUUUGAUUUUUUUUCUUUUUCGCGCAAGUUUGAGAAGAUUUUUGAGAAUUUCUCUAAAUGUAGUUUGGUCUGAAUUUCUUGGAAGAAGUUUCUGGAAUUUUUUUGGAUAUAGUUUGAUUUGUGAGAAAUGUGGGAAAAGCUUUGGAUUUUAUUUGAAAACUUUUUGGAUAAGAUUUUUCAUGUUCCUUUAAGUUUUGGUUACUGUAGUUUGAUUAUAGAGCUUUGGAAAAGGCUUUAAUAUUGUAUCUAGAAUUUUUUGGAUCAGAGUUUUUAUGUUCCUUUAAUUUUAGAAUACUGUAGCUUGCUCAAAGAGCACUAGAAAAGUUUAGAAUUUUUUCUGGAAUUUAUUUUUUUAUGUUCCUUUGAGUACUGUAUGUAUAAAAAAACCUCUGAAUUUUUCCUACAAUUUUGGUUGACUUUUGUCAUGUUCCUUUGAGUUUAGAGUACUGUAGAUAAACUUUUUUUAGGAGGUUCUUCUGAACUUUUCACUAGAUCAACUUCUUCUAACUGAAAGCUUCUAUGUACCUUUAAAUCUUGGUUACUGUAGUUCAGUUUAAUUUGAAGCUAAUACUUGGUUUUAGAGCUUCCAAAAAAUCUAGAAAUUUCGAUUCAUCUGCAGACCUUGAUCCUUUAAAUGUGAGAUACUGUAUCUCAAAAAAAUCUUCUUGUUCCAUUUUUCCUCAAAAUAUUGCUCCAGACAAAUCUGUUCCAAUGCUCUCGAAAUUCCCAUUAGUCUUGUCUUGUCUCAAAUAUCUCUCUUGACAAAAAAAUAAAUAAAAUAAAUUUGACUCGUCUGAAAAUCCGAGAUAAGUAUCAUCUUCAUUUCGUCUCUGCGUCUCUCUAUUAAAUGUUUCCUAACGAAUCCAAUUUCCUCUUUUUUUGCCUCCCUUUUUUAUCCGCAUUUUUUCACUUGACUUUGCUUUAUUUUUCCUAGAAAUGUAGAAAAGUAUAAUAUGAGUCAUGAAUUGAAAUUUUGUUGCUUUGCCCGUUUUUAAUAAUGUUUAUUUUAUUGAAUUGAAUGGAAAAAAGGAUUGAUUUCACUUUUUAAUAAAACUAAUAAUAACACAUUGAAAAUCGAUCAAAUAUGUAGAUUUUGAUUUAAAUGCUAAUUUAUUUUGUGUUGACCAAUGGUUAGCCAAAAAACAUUGUUUUUUAGGUUCUUGAGAGUUUUGAAAGUUUUCUGAAAUUUUCUAAAGUUCCCUUAACUUUUCUAAUGUUUCCUAACGUUUUUGAACAUUCUUAAAAAUCCAGUUGAUUUCAACAUCCCUAGUUCCAACUCCUAUAGAAUCCAGAAUUUUCAUAUCUAAACUGAAAUUCUGAAGCAUUUUCUGAUGCCAAAAAAUCCUAAAUCUAGAAUUUUCUAGAAAUAUCUUUUUUCCAAAAAAUUGAGAGGUUUCUAGAAUUUUUUGGAUUUUCAUUUUUAAAAUUUUAAUCUCAAAUUUUGAAUUAAAUUUUGAUCCACGAAAUUUUUUUUAGAAUAUUCCGAAACCUUUUCCGAAAAUUUUCGAUAACCAAAUGAUACUUAUGUAUGUAUAUAUUUAUUUAGUGUAUCUAUAUUCAAUAAUAAUAAUACUAUGAAAAUAAAUAUAUACAUACAUAAAGUGCCUAUACAUUUUCUUAUUCUUUCUUCUUCUUCUUCUGAGCUUCAUCUUUUUUGAAACUUUUUCUCUUUUUUUCUUUUUCAUCUCCUCGAUUUCAAUUGUUGUUUGUUUUUGCAUAAUAAAUACAGCCCAGAGACUCGUGAAAAAUUUUCGUUUCUCUCUUGCUCGUAUGUAUUUCGUAUCUCUUUGUAUUAUUUAUAUUUUUUCUGAUUUUUUCACACUUUUUCAAAAGCUCAAAGAUUUUGGAAGAAUUUUGAGGCUUCUGGAAUUCUGAAGAAUGAUUUUAGGAAACCUUUCAGUUUUCUAGGAACUUCUAAGCCUGAGAAUGUUGUUGUGGUUCAAAAUUUUCAAGUUAGAGACGCUAGACAACCAGAGAGGUUAGAGACGCAGAGAAUACCGAAGUUUAUUUUGUUUACAAAAAAAAAUUGAGAAGUACUUUUUUCUGAACGUGAAACAUCUAGUUCCAAUACGAUUUUGAAAAUUUGAAAUUCAAAUUUUCUGCCAUCAUUUUUUGACUGGUCACUUUAUGAAACUAGAAAAUUCCAAAAAAAAUUGGAUCAUUUUUGUUUUGUUUGGUCGAUUCUACUAGUUUUCCAUAUGUGAUCGGUCAAUUUUUCUUGAGCGAAAUUUUUUUGAGAAAUUUUUCUGGCAUCUUUCCAACCAAAAUCAAUUAUCAAACAGGAACCUCGAGACAUUUUAUCAAUUUUCAAUUUAUUUUUUUUUGCCGGAAGGAAAUCCCAAUCGGAAAUUUUAUCCUCCACUGCAAAAGCUGAUUUUCAGCCUGCAUCCUAACUUUUCUGCUUCUGAAAACCAAAAAUAAUGUUGUGUUUUUUGAAACAACAAAUAAUCGAAUAAUAGCGAAAGUAAUUUUGUGUUGUGUCUAUUUUUUUUGGAAUGGUAAGUAAAUAAUACCAGUUUUUUGGUCUCUUGUCUGUUUUUUUUAUUUUAUACCAGUAGAAAAAUCUAUAUUUUUGGAUAGUUUAUUGAUUAGUUUGGAAGAACUCAAAUUUUGAGACUUUUUGCACUUUCAAUUUAAUUUGAGAAAAAAUAACAAAAAGUGCACUCGGCUUCUUCUUAUUGACAUUUUCAAUUUUCGCUCAAAAAGUACACCUUUUUUCGCAUGCUUCACCUAACUCAUUGUCUUUUUUCUGGAUUUGCCAGAAACCUUUCCAUCCCUAGAUUUUGAGCCAAAACAAAAAUCAGUUGGCUGUUCGAUUUUUUUUCGCGCACCCUAAAGGCAGUUGUCAUAGUGAUGACUUUAGGCUUCUCUAAAAUCCUUCAUUCAGAAAAAAACACAUACACAGAUAUUUUUUUGCUUUAUCUUUAACUUGUGUUAUUUUUUAUGGGCUGGAAUUUUUGAAUUUCGAAAAUUUGGAGCGGAAAAGAGAAUCUGAAGUUUUAGCUCUCAGAAUUUUCAGAAAAACAUUUUUUGAUCGAAAGUUUGACUAAGGUAUCCAGAUAACUUUUUGAAAAAUUUAAGAUCCCAUUUUUUUCAACCAAAAAUCUCGAGCUUCUCAAAAAUCAUGCCCAAUAUAUUUUCCAAGGCUUGAAUUUUUGUGUCAACAUUUUUUUCUCUCGUAUUUACAGUGCUUAUUUGUCUCGUUGUCGUCUAUGUAAAUACGCCGAAAAAUGACGAAAGCACUUUUUUGUAUUAGGAAAUGGAGGACAAUGUCCACGUACAUACGUGUACUUUGGAGUCUAGCAAAAAAGUUUGCCCGCCGCCAAAAAUUGAACUAAAGUGCGCGAGAACUUUAAAAGUUUUGGGGUAGACUAGAGAUUUUUUUGUCUGAUCGAUUUUUUGUUUUUGUUUUUGAGGGAUAAAUCACAUGUGUUUUUGUACGGUUCAUCGGAUUUUGGAACGAUUUUUUGUUUGUGAAAAUGUUUUCUAGCUCUGAAGUUCCAAAUUUCACAGUUCAUCCAAGUUAACUUAUUCUAACUCCAAUAUUUUUCAUAUCUCCUUCCAGACUGCAAAAAACGCGUGCCAAAAAUAUAUUGAAUAAAAAAUGAGACCAAGGUCCUACCUUAUGACCUGGAAAGUGCAAAAAUUCUAGAAAAUAUCAAAUUUCGCAGGAAUUUCUUACUCAUAGGAUGGAUAUCUAUAUAUUUUUGGGCUUUUUCAAAGUUUUCUAGGGGAUUUCAGAAUCUGAAGUUUUAGUUUUCUGAGAGUUUUCAAAAUUUCUGAGCUUCGGAAUUUUUGAAUCUUAAAUUUUAUUUCUGAAAGUUAGCAGAAAUGUUUAAAACAUCUAUUUUGUCUGAAAAAGUUCUUGAUGUGAAAAUUUCGGAAUCUGGAAGCUGAAGCUCACAAAAACCUUCAACUUUUAAAAUUCUCAUUGUUCUGAAUUUUCAGAAUUUUUUUUACCUCAUGAAAAUCCUAAUUGUCUAGGAGCCGCAACUAGAGAUCCCCUCUGACAAGGAGCCGCGCCUUGAGAGCCACGGUGGCUAGGUACAACGCCUUCAGAGUUUAGAUGUCAAGUAGCUGAUCCUACAGAACCUUGUUGCCUAUGUACCUCAACUAGAGAUUCCCUCUGACAAGGAGCCGAGCCUUGAGAACCUUACUGUCUAGGCUCGGUGCCUUGUGUUGUUUUUCCCUUCCCAGUCAAUUUUUUUUGUCCACCAACAAGUGGACGAAAAAAAAGAUUUCGAAACCAUUGACUGUGUUUUUUGCAUCAUCAUCAUCACAUGCAUUCGUCGCAUUUCCUAAUACGUCAAAAUCCCUGCGUCUCUCCAAAACCUAUUGUGCUCUGCGGAUAGUUUUCCGCGCGGCAACCGCUAGCGCGUCACACAACAAACAACAUAUUUGGUCAAACGUUCUGUUUGUUUUUCUUUCCGGUGUGUGCAGAGUUCCACCGCCUUUUUUGUGCUCUCUUCCUUGCUCCAGCCGUUUUUCCCAGGAGCUACGUAAUUUCCGCGCGUGGUUCCGCGCGCGCGAGCGGCAAAAAUCAAAUGAGUGUCCCGCCCUUAUCAUUUUAUCAUUUCUCAUGUGUUCUUCCCAUUUUCGGUAGCUUUUCUUUUUUUGUUUUUUUGCUGGAAAAAAAGAUUAGAAAGAGAUUAUUUUUUCUUUGAAAUAUCAUUUAUUAUUUUAUUAUAUUAACAUCAUAUUUUUAUCUCUAUGUGUAUUUUCAAAAUACAAUACCUUGGCCCAAUUAAUUAUAGCCUAAUUAAUUGUUUUUGCAGGACUACCCUACGAUUUUCCGAGUGCACAACAAGCUCAACAGCAACGUCGUCAGCAACUCGGCGGAUCGCAACAACAUUUAGCCAGUUACAAUAACUUGAAUCCGAGUACAAGUAUACUUCGAGGAGCUGCUCAACCGAUUGCUUCGUAUAGUUAUCAACAACCGGCUCCGCAUCGACAUCAACCACAGGUUUGUUGGGAGGUUUUGGGAUCUUGUAGGUUUUGUAGAAGUGGCUGAUCUUUCGGAUGAAUUUUUGUAGGGUCUUGUGAAGCUAGUAGGCGCAUUUUCUAGAUCUUCCAGGAAUUUUUGAACUUCUUUUGUAGAAGCUUCUGAUUUUUCUGAUACAUUUUUUUCAAAAUCUUCUAGGCCUAAAAAGUUUGAGCUUGAGUUUUCUAGAAUUUUCGGUUUUUUUUUGAUUACCAGAUGUUCUAGAAUUUUUGAAUUUUUUCUAGAAAUUUCUGAAGUUCUAGAAUCUUCAGACUUUUUUCUGAUUCCUACAAAAGGUCAAAAAAUUCUACAAAAACUAGUUCACUUAACAAAUUUGACAUCCUUGAUUUUUAGUUCAAUUUUUGAUUUUUAAAUCAAAAAUUCUCUUAAUUUUUUAAAACACUUGUUCCUUUAAACUUCUACCAUGUUCCUUCAAACUUCUACAGUACUCUAGCCUAGAUGUGUGAUUUACAGCUCAAUUUUAAGUCCAUCAAAAUCAUAUUUACUCUGGCAUUUCCAGUUUUUCUUUGCUAGAAAUGCAUAACCUGCAAUUUUCCAACCAAUUCUCUGAAUUUGAUUUUCCAGCCAAUAAUUAAUUUAGUUUUCCCUAGCCAAGUCCACUCUCAAAAAACCAAAAAUCAUGAUUGGCUUCUGAAAAUAAUAAAUCUAGAUUCUAGAAAAAACAUAAUAAAUCCAAUUAUCACCGCUCAGACACAUAGACUUUGAACAUUUUUAUUCAAUUUCUGAAAUGAGUUUCCCACAUUUUCUAGAAAUAUCCAUGGAUCAUCCAUUUUUAAUCUGUGAAAUUCUUAUCGCUAGUCUGUUUUUCUUUUACACUUUUAUCCUUCAAACCCCGCAAAAGUCAAUUAAAUUUGUCUUUUUUUCGCGAUUUUUAAAACCCUCUAUAAAACCCAGGGGCAUCCCUUUAGUACUUGAUAAAAAAAAACACCAACAGAUUUUAAUUGUUUCGGACACUGAUUUUUUACAAGGUUUUAUUAUAGUUCAGAUCGUAAAAUGGGUGGAAGAGAAUAAAAUAGAAUGAAGUUCAUAGAACUUUCAGAUUCAGUUCUUUGAAUUUCAGGGUGUAGAUUUGAAACCUAGACAUUAGGCUUCGGGUUUCAGGCCUGAAAUCUGGCUCUAGACUUUCCUUGAGAUUUAGGCUUCAGAUCUGAUGUCUAGGAUUUUUGUUUAGCUUUCAACUUUAGGCCUGAAAUCUAGGCUUUCCCGAAGCUUGAGGCUUCAGACGUGAAACUUAAAAAUUUAGACCAGACCCCUGUUUUUCCCAUUAACAAAUUUCAGCUUCAUUAAUUUUUCUCUCUGAAAAUUUCCAGCCACCCCCUCAAAUUUCCUUCCUUCCUUCCUGAUAUUGACACGAAGUAGAACAAGACAAAUGUGUUUAUAUUGGAUUAGAAAAUUAAUUUUUUUGCCCCUCUUUUCAUAGAACGUCUAGCGGAUUAUUAAUUGAACAUGAUGUAUUUACUUGUUUGCGCAAAAGUGCAAAGAUUUAAUUGUUUUUCUUCGAGGUUUUUCUCACGCCGUGAAAUAUUGACGUGGGAUUUAUUUGGGAAAAGGGGAAUAUAAUUGGAUAUUGUUAGGUUGUUUUUGAAAUUUGGUUGCUGGGAAAAUUUUCUUGUUUUGUAGAAUUUUGGAAGCGGCUCUUUAAGUCAAAAAAAUAUAUAUAAUCAGGUUUUUAGGCCCCCAUUCCAGUUCUCAAAUUUCAGUGAAAUCAGAGUACAUAAACUUUCUCUCCCCUUUUUGAAAUCAAAAAUCUCUCUUUUUAAGAAAAAUAUGUUUUUUUUUUCUGGAAUUUUUGAUUUACCAGGUGCAAAUUUCUCGCAUUCUCAUCUCUCUCUCUCUUAAAAAUUUUUAUCAUCAAAAAAAUCACGUACCAAUAUUUCAGUUCUACCCAUCUUCGCGCACCACAUUCGAUCAACAUCACAACACCAAUCUGCCAGCCAAUCAAGUCGCACCACUGCUUCGCGCCUCCAAAACGAUGAUUGACGUUUUGGCACCGGUUCGCGAUACACAAGUCGCUUCAGCGCAGACUGGAUCGGCGAAUGGCACGACGUCGGCGAAUUUGCCGACACCUGCAACGAGUUCGGUUUCGAAUGGUUAG